AACAUUCAUUUCCCAUGAAUGACGAGACAGUGGCAGAUCGCUUAUAAGUGUCUGAGUCCAGUGUGCAGCAAAACAAACAGCUGACUUCAGUACACGUGUAACAGUUGACCGCAGUGCGCGCGCGACCACAGACCUUGCCAAUAACCGCGAAAACUAUUCGAAACACGGUGCGGAAGUUUGAACGAUCGCCAAUUAGAGACGAUGGGCAGUUGGUUGAGCCACCUGUGGUGGGGCGGGGAUCCAGACGCAGUGAACUCGCUCUCAAGGCUGACGCGGCGUGAGGUAUACGCCGUGCAACGCUCUUGGGCGCCCGUCUCCGCAAACUCAGUUGCAAAUGGAACAGAACUUCUCAAAAGUUUCAGCAUCAUGGGGCACCUGUUAAGCCGGUGGUGGUGGGGCGGCGACCCUGACGCCACAAACCCGGUGUCGGGCCUUACUCUACGCCAGGUCUACCAGGUUCAAAGCACCUGGCGGCCCGUGGACGCAGACGCGGCUAAAUACGGAAUGGAGCUGUUCUUGAGGUUAUUUCGUGCCGACCCAGAAACGAAGACAUUCUUCAAAGCUAUUCGCGACCUCGACGAAGACAGGAUAAGAAACAGCUACCAGUUUAAAGCACACGCCAUCAACUUCAUGUCUGCUAUUAGCCUGGCCGUGACCAACCUGGGGCAACCAGAAGUGGUUGUGGCUAUGAUGGAGAAACUUGGAGACUCACAUAGCAAGAAGAAAAUUUCUACGAAGUAUUUUCAUGAAACAAAAGAUGUCUUGAUAGGCAUGCUGAAGAAUGAUUUAAAAUUGACAAACGAUCAAAUGAUGGCGUGGGAAACAUUUAUAAGUUUUAUAUACAAACAUAUUUUUGAUAAGUUAUAGUGAACAAAAUUAUAUU